UAUUUUUCCCUAGUUGUACUAAAAUUCCUCGUGUGCGUGUGUAGCUAGGUCGUUCUAUUAAUUUUCUAAUUCAUUUUAUGUAAUAAAAGCACAUUCGAUUAAAGCUAAAGUUUUGAUAUAGCAUUAUCAAGAUCCUGAACUUUGUUACAACGUAAAAUCAAGGAACCUAUUCCACCCAAAAUUAAACAGUUUACCCAAAUAGACAUCUGCGUCUAUUGCAAUAUGGCCGUCCUGUAAUGAUUCGGUGGUCAAUGAUAUUAUUGUGAUUAUAUCUCUUCUAUAAUAAGAAAAUGGAGCUUCGUGUUGGUAAUAAAUACCGGCUGGGUCGCAAAAUUGGCUCAGGAUCCUUUGGAGAUAUUUAUCUUGGAACUAAUAUAGUGACCAAAGAGGAGGUAGCUAUCAAACUAGAAUGUAUAAAAACAAGGCACCCACAGCUACAUAUAGAAAGCAAAUUUUAUAAACUUAUGCAAGGAGGAGUUGGUAUUCCGGCAAUAAAAUGGUGUGGUUCAGAAGGAGACUACAAUGUAAUGGUAAUGGAGCUUCUUGGUCCAUCACUUGAAGACCUAUUUAAUUUCUGCUCACGUCGAUUCUCACUCAAGACUGUGCUCAUCCUCGCUGACCAACUCAUUACCCGUAUUCAAGAUAUACACUACAGGAGUUUCAUUCAUAGAGAUAUCAAACCCGAUAAUUUUCUUAUGGGCUUAGGUAAAAAAGGGAAUUUAGUUUAUAUUAUAGAUUUUGGCUUAGCAAAGAAGUACAAAGAUCCACGCACAUUGCAGCAUAUUCCAUACAGAGAAAACAAAAACUUGACAGGCACAGCCAGAUAUGCAUCAAUAAACACCCACUUGGGCAUAGAGCAGUCACGUCGUGACGACUUGGAGUCUCUUGGAUAUGUGUUGAUGUAUUUUAAUCGUGGCAGUCUACCAUGGCAGGGGCUCAAAGCUGCUACAAAGCGCCAAAAGUAUGAAAGAAUAUCUGAAAAGAAACUGUCCACACCUUUUGAUGAACUAUGUAAAAACCACCCAAUCGAGUUCCAGUUGUACCUGAAGUACUGCCGACGACUCCGCUUCGAAGAGAGGCCCGACUACAGCCACCUCCGGCAGCUGUUCCGUACACUAUUCCAUCGACAAGGAUUUACAUAUGAUUACAUGUUUGACUGGAAUAUGCUUAAAUUCGGAGGACCACGAGGAAACUACCAGGCGGGUGGUAACGACCGUACGAUUAGACGUCACGAACAGAACCAAGAACAGGAAGCUGCAGCAGCGGUCGCUGGGGGCGCCGGGGGCGCGGGGGGCGCGGCGACGCAAGCGGGCGGCGCGGUGGCGGCCGUGGCGGAGUGGCGGUGAGGGCCGCGUCCCGCCAAGCGGCGCUGCCCGGGCUCGCUCGCGCCCGACCCCUAACCGUCUCCGCAUCCGACGCGACUGAGCAAACGUUUUGUAUGCAUUCAUGUUAUCGUUCAUAUUAUAUUGUAAAUUAUUUAACUUAGACUAAGGUUACGAGUGGACUAAAUGAAAUGGGAGGACGACUUUUAUAAACGUAGAUAUUAAUUAUAGGCCUAUCCGCGCAUCCGUUGUACUUUAUGCUCAGUUGUAUUUAGACGUAAGUUUAUUGUGAAUCAUCCGGAAACGAACGAAGUAUUUGUCUUUCUCCUGUUUGACUAUUGGGAUGCAUGCUAUAUUUUAUGAUAAUUGAAUUUGUGAUUUAAAUAGAGGUAUAGAAACCUACGAUUAUUUCAUUUUCGUGAAUAAUGUCGUCGGAGGCGGCAUGUAAUUGCUAAAAGUUAAAUAUUUAGGGGACUUUUGCAAUUUGAAUCAAGCUUACCAGAAAGUGCAUUUUGCUUUUCUUGAUUUCAUAGUGUUUGAUGUUGUAAAAUCACUUAUUAUCCACUGAAGGUACCACUGAUAUUGCCUUCAAUUUCAGAAUAUGUAUGUAUAUAAUUUAGCCCAAAAUAUUUUGUGCAAUAUCUUUUUCAGACUUUAGUUUUGCAAAAUCUUAGUUUCGUCUUCCAAAAUUAUUAUUGUACACGUGACCAAUAUUGUAAUUCAGUCGGCUACUCUGUAAGGAUAUUUAGUGUUUGUUUGUGCUUAGAAUAAUAAUGUGCUUAAAUUCAAGCCCAAGUUAGAUCCGAAAAUUAAUAUUUGAACCUGACGUUAAAAAAGGUCGGAGAAUUUAUAGAUCGCACCAAUUGUCAUUGUGCCCUGUACACUAAAUUUCGUUAAUGAAAUUAGGAAUUACACUUUUGACUUAAAUUGCUGUUGACACUGCCAUAGUUUUAUCUAAGUAAGGUUUGCUAAUUCAAUUUGACUUAAAUUGUAUAGAGCUUGGCUUGAAAAAGGCAUAUAUCUAAUUGCAUAAAAUAACUAAAUACUUUCUGGAGAAAUAUAUGUGAUGUCUAUUUACCUAAAUUGUUGUGACGUGACUUUCAUGUAGAUAUUCAGACAUUUCUACAACAAUCGUCACAUUUAAAAGAAAUCUUAUCUUAUGAUCUCAUCUCAUAAAAUAUUUACCAAAAUUUGGUUUUUCUAGCAUCUACAUUAGCAUGCAAAUAAAUAUAAUAACGUGUACAUAUUGAUGCUUGUGACUGUACGCGACAGAUGACUAUGUUUGCAGAUAGUAAAUAAUUUAUUUCCUAACGUCUCUCUUCUGUAACUUGCAUUAUUUACCCAAGACUUCCAGUGUGAUGUGGUCACGGUUCAUGUGCACGGCGGAUCACAGUAUGGUCUAUAUUUGUUGAAUCCUCAUAUAAUUAUCAACAGUGGUCGUAUAUAAAUUCUUGUUUGUUCAAGACUAUGUUUUUAUGGAUAUGGGCGAUUUUUAUUGGAAGUUUGUAAAUAUUACUUCAUAAGGUCUGUACACAAAUGUAUUGAAUCUGGCUCGAGGCAUUGGUAAUUGUGUUUGUAUGUACUUUGAUUGGAAUUGGACCAUCAUUCUCUUAAAUAUGACUGAGAAUUAGGUUCAAUUUAAUGUAAAUACGUUUUAGAUUUGUUUUUAGGGGUGUGUUGCAAAGAUUUAGUUUCUACUUUGACACCCAUGUAAAAUUUUUAACAUUUAUAUCUCCAUUGAUAUGUUAUUACUCUCAAACUAAAACUAUAUUACCCCUCCAUUAUACAAUUUUCAAUUACUUCACAUGUUUGAUUUCUUCGUUCCUUAUUAAAAUUGCACAUUGUGAUUAGUUUUAAUACUGCAUUAUAUCAUGUCUGUAAGUCGUUUAGUCUACAGGGUAUAUAAAGCAUUUUAUUAUCAUUGAAUGCAGAUUGCUGAAAUUGAUUUAUUUUAUACUCAAGACCAAUCACCACCUUAUUUAAACCAAUGAAGGGUUCUACUGUAUUAUUUGAUGAUGUAACUGUUUUGUGGAUGUCCAAUCGCUUGAAGGACUGUGUCAGUGUCCAGUGUCGAGCGUCGAGACUGGACAGAAGCUCAGUGCCGUUUGCGUUGCGAAUUGGCGUGGCUUGCUCCUAGCGUUUAGUCUACGCUCCAAUCGAAGAAAUAUGGACUUGGAUUUUGUAUAUAGUUACUAUAAGGUAUAUAGUUAAGUUGACACACUGUUUUUUACAAUAUCGUAAGUAAUGGAAUUAAAUACAUACAUAACUGUUGUAGUAUUAAUGUCAUUCGAUUGUUUUGCUGUUAUUCUAUGCAUACAUUUUGAUUGGUCGAGUCUUGUGUAGCUGCGUGUCUUGUGUAGCUGCGUGUCUUGUACCGAUUAAUAUUUAUGCUUUGAGGUAUGCAUUCUAUAUUUCGAAAAUUUACUCGUUAAACUGCAAUGGAAGGAGGGAAUAAAUCGAUAUUAGUAGUCUUAGAUUGAAUAAGGGAUUUAGAAUGAUGGGCUUUUAUUGGAUAUUAUAAAUUCUAAAUUUAAGUAUUUGAAAGUAUUUGUUCCCUCCAAGGCGAGUAACAGCAUUCACGUGCAAAUCAAAAGGUUUAGAAACAUUAUUAUGUACCUUCGCACUCACAUAUUCGUGUUGUACAGAAAUGUCUGAUUACAUGUGUGCUAAUAUAGUACCCAUACUAAUUUUAUUGUUAUAUAAUAGCGAUUGCUAUGUUUGUCCUCGGGUCCUUAAAUAUAUGUAAGUAUUUCAAAUUUCAUAAAAAUCGGCCCAGCGGUUUAGCCGUGAAAGCGUGACAAACUGACCGACUUUCUCAUUCGUAUUAGUAUGGAAGUAUUACAAAAUGGCCGUCAUCGUUAUUUCCAAAAACAAUUUA